AUGUCACAAUUAGAAGAAAGUGAGUUGAAAGAAAUUCUAGGAGGUUCACAAUUGUAUGAUAAAUAUGAAAAUUUCAAUAAGGAAGUCGAUGAAAAGGAUUGCAACGAAUGUAAAUCAAAAAUUGGACAGCACAAAGUUAAAUACAAUGAUAUUUUUGUAACAUGCAAUAAGAUUGAAAAAAAUUUAAAAGAAAUAGUAGCUAUGCAAAAUAUUGAUGAUCGUAGAAGUAGAUGCACACAAUUUCAAUAUUGGGUUUAUGAUGAAAUAAGGAAUAUAAGAUAUGCAAAAGAUAGUGUUGCUAAAUCUGCUAUUAAUAAGCUUUAUGAA